AUGGCGGCGGCUAGUUCCGCCGCUGUGUCCGGGGCCGGGACCCCAGUGGCAGGUCCCGCAGGCCGCGACCUUUUCGCCGAGGGGCUCCUCGAGUUCCUGCGACCGGCUGUGCAGCAGCUGGACUCUCACGUCCACGCCGUCAGAGAGAGCCAGGUAGAACUACGGGAACAGAUUGACAACCUAGCUUCUGAACUGUGCCGGAUCAAUGAGGAUCAGAAGGUGGCCCUGGACCUCGACCCCUACGUGAAGAAGCUGCUUAAUGCCCGGCGGCGAGUGGUCUUGGUCAACAACAUUCUACAGAACGCGCAGGAACGACUGAGGCGGCUAAACCACAGCGUGGCCAAGGAAACAGCCCGCAGGAGGGCAAUGCUGGAUUCAGGGGUUUACCCUCCUGGUUCCCCAAGCAAGUAAUAGGCCAGAAGAUGGGAGCCACCUGUGGCCUCAGAGUAGCACAAGUACUGUUCCCCAGCUGCUUUUCUUCCAGGACUCCCUGUAGAUCAUGGGACAUCAGCAUAGCAGCCCAGUUUGUUUGAAGCACUUAAGUCUUACCCAUUUAUGUGGGGCCUCAAAGAAACCGGUGUACGGCAGGAUCAAUGAUCCCAAAGGACUUAUUAUGACUCUUGCUUCCAAGAAUGAGCUGAGGCCUGUACAUACUCAAGACAGAACUCCUCUACCUUCAGGCCUAGUUCUGUUCUUCUGUUGCAUGUCCUCUACUUGUGACUUUUCUGUUUACAGAGGAUUUGGAGAAGAGGGCAGGCAAAGUCAAGGUAACAACUCCUGUCUAUACCCUCUUUUGUUGACUGCACUUGUCUUGAAUAAAGUAGCAGUAUUGCUAGAACCAUUUAAUUCAAUAAAUGCUUAAACAGUG